AUGCGUCCUGGACUUUCGCUUUUGUUCCGCUCUGCUGUGAGCUGUAGAAACGCAGUUGCGAGUAAACCAGCUCAGGCCAGCACAAUCGCGGCUGAUUUGUAUCUGGACCCUUCGAAAUGGAAAGCGUUACAGCCAGAAGAAAUCUUCCGUCUGUAUCGGGAAAGAGUUGUCAAGCUAGGAUCCCAGUACAAACCGUGCAAGGAAGAGCUAGAUGCGCUACUUUCCACGGCUGAGCACACCGGCGUGGCUCCCAGGUCCAUUACAGCGAUGUAUUAUGGUGGUGAGCAGGCGGCUUAUGAUCUGAAAGGCUUGAACAUGGAGGACAACUUCAAGCCCCGGCCGUUCAUGUUUGACGACUUGCCGUCACAGGCUCAAGACCUCGUUCAACAACACCGUGAACAACGUUUCUACAACAGACUAGCUGCCUACGAGCUGCCCACCUUGGUGCAAUACCGCCAGGAGUACCAGAGACCGUCACCCAAGGCCAGUCCUGUCACUUACAAAUACACCACCUACAUCGGCGAGGAGCACCCGAACGCGCGUAAAGUGGUCUUGAGUCUAAAAACCAAGGACCUCGGUCUUUCCGAAAAAGAGGUUCACAAGUUCCGCUUGCUGGCUCAGACCCGGUAUGACCACCUAACUGAUAUCUUCAAGAUGUCUUGUGACAAAUUUCCCGAGCCUGCUCAGAAUGCCCGCUUUUUGAGCGACACUCUAAAGGCUCUGUUCAACGCAGCCAAGGACACAAAAGACGAUUUUGCAGACGUUCCUCUAGAUACCAGACACACGAUAGCCAAGAAUUUGCGCAAGAAAAAGCGCGAUUUCGAGUUCCCCGAAUCGUGGAAGAGGCCUCAGGACGCUCCAAAGGAGUUGGUUAACAUGACCGAGUUGAUCCAGAAGCAGCUACAACAGUAG